AUGGUUCUACAGGUCCCUUCACCGUCGGUCACCAUCUCUGCCUUCCUAGAACAGUUGGACAUCGCCGCCUGUCCGUUGGACCUCCCUGACCAACUCUUCCAUGAUAUAAAAUUCGCUUGUGGUUCAAAAAUCUACUACCCAAAUCAACUCCAUCAGACCCGCUGCUGCCCGGUUUUCACGGCAUGGCUUUACUCCGCCUAUUCGAGCACCGCAUUACAAGCGUGUCUUACCGAAUCCCCGUCGCAAAUUGCCUCUUAUGACAUGCUGGUCCUGCCUAAUGACUCUGGGACAUGUGUCGACACUCUUGAAAAAGCUUUGGGAAGUCAACCACUUUUUCGACAAAUUGAUUCCACAGGUGGUGCCAGCUCUCCUCAACAUUAG